UUUUCCUCUCGUCACUGACAGGCUCCGUGCAGCUGUAGGAGGAGUUUGUGGUCACCUCCCCCUCUGAGGCGCUGCGGCCAGAUUCCCCUGCCGAGGUACCACCCCAGCCGCCAAGAUGUCCAGCAAACGUGCCAAAGCCAAGACCACCAAGAAGCGCCCUCAGCGCGCCACCUCCAAUGUCUUUGCCAUGUUCGACCAGUCGCAGAUCCAGGAGUUCAAGGAAGCCUUCAACAUGAUCGACCAGAACCGCGACGGCUUCAUUGACAAGGAGGAUCUUCAUGACAUGCUGGCUUCCCUCGGGAAGAACCCCACCGAUGAGUACCUGGAGGGCAUGAUGAGCGAGGCGCCGGGGCCCAUCAACUUCACCAUGUUCCUCACCAUGUUUGGGGAGAAGCUGAACGGCACCGACCCGGAGGACGUCAUCCGCAACGCCUUCGCCUGCUUCGACGAGGAGGCAUCAGGCUUCAUCCACGAGGACCAUCUGCGUGAGCUGCUGACCACCAUGGGGGACAGGUUCACCGAUGAGGAGGUGGAUGAGAUGUACCGGGAGGCGCCCAUCGACAAGAAGGGCAACUUCAACUACGUGGAGUUCACCCGCAUCCUGAAGCACGGGGCCAAGGACAAGGACGAUUAGAGCCCGGGGCCGCUCAGCCCCUUGACCUCCUCCUGUGCACACCCCCAGCCCCUCGGCCCCCCUUGCUGCCCCACAGCAGGCUCCCCCCCAUGGGAAACGCCUCCCAGGACCAGCCCCCCACAUCGGGUCACGCUUGGAGGGGAAGCGCUCCCGUCACUACGCUGCUGUGUGCCCCUACAUCAGCCCCAGAUCUCCCCUCCAUUGCCUCUCCCGCCCACAGGCUCCCCCCACCGGGACCCCCAGCCUGGCUGUGACCCCCCCCCCAGGCAGCCAUUGACGCCUCAAAGCCACCACCCUGCGGCUGGUCCCUGGGGCUGGGGUGAGCAUCCCAGGUGGGCGCUGGCCUGUGGGCAUUUCUGGCUGGCUCGAGCCCCAGCCAUCCCCGUCUUGGGGCCGUAGCACAGAGAGAAAGCGCCUCUCCCCUCUCCUCCCACACUCCCUUCAUGAAAGAAAACCCACUUUGUUUCCUUCUCCCUGGCUGUUUUAUGGCUUUAGAGCCUGUGAUGUGAGGGAUUCGGGAUGCCGACGCGGCGUAUAAAACCUGACGGGUGUGAUACAGA